AACGCUGCGCGUGUCUCUUGCCGCCAAAAGUGAAGAAAAACAACAUAUUUGUUGUGCUUAAAUUGUUUAUUUUUUUGUACAUAAUAUAGUUUAUUUUAUUUGCAACACAUUGUGUGCGCUGAGCAGCUGUGCAGUGUUGAAGUGAGCAUGAGCAGCGAUAAAGUGAAAAACAGCAACGAACCCGAUGACUCGGACGAAUCGUGCGACGACGAAUCGGCCAGUUUUACAACGAAUAGCACCACAUCGCGCAGCAAGUCGCCGGCGUCGAGCACGCGUAGCAAGCGACGCGGCCGCCGCAACACCAAAUCAAAGAGAAAAACCGGCGCCGCCUACAAAUACGACACACAUGUCAAGGAGAAUCAUGGUGCGAACAUAUUUGGCGUGGCAUUCAACACGCUGCUGGGCAAGGACGAGCCGCAGGUGUUUGCCACAGCGGGCAGCAAUCGUUGCACCGUCUACGAGUGUCCACGCAAGGGCGGCCUCACACUCCUCCACUGCUACGCCGAUCCGGAUCCGGAUGAGGUUUUCUACACCUGCGCCUGGUCCUAUGAUCUGAAGACAUCGGCGCCACUGCUGGCUGCGGCCGGUUAUCGGGGCGUCAUCCGCGUCAUUGACAUCGAACAGAACGAGGCAGUGGGCAACUAUAUUGGUCAUGGCCAGGCCAUCAACGAGCUCAAGUUCCAUCCGCACAAACUGCAACUGCUACUCUCCGGCAGCAAGGAUCAUGCCAUUCGGCUGUGGAACAUACAGACGCAUGUCUGCAUCGCAAUAUUUGGCGGCGUCGAGGGUCAUCGGGAUGAGGUGCUGUCCAUUGAUUUUAAUAUGCGCGGCGAUCGCAUUGUCAGCAGCGGCAUGGAUCAUUCCCUGAAACUGUGGUGCCUCAAUACGCCGGAGUUUCAGCACAAGAUCGAGCUGUCGCACACGUUUAGCCAGGAGAAAUCUACACUGCCGUUUCCCACAAUUACCAAACACUUUCCAGACUUCUCGACGCGCGACAUCCAUCGCAACUAUGUGGACUGUGUGCAAUGGUUUGGCAACUUUGUCCUGUCCAAGUCCUGCGAGAAUGCCAUCGUCUGCUGGAAGCCCGGCCAGCUGCAUCAGAGCUUUGAACAGCUCAAACCGAGUGACUCCUCCUGCACCAUCAUCGCCGAGUUCGAGUACGAUGAGUGUGAGAUUUGGUUUGUGCGCUUCGGUUUCAAUCCGUGGCAAAAAGUCAUCGCACUAGGCAAUCAGCAGGGCAAAGUGUACGUCUGGGAGAUGGAUCCCAGUGAUCCGGAGGGCGCACACAUGACCACGUUGCACAAUUUGCGCAGUGUGGCGACCGUGCGGCAAAUUGCCUUCUCGCGGGAUGCCAGCGUCUUGGUAUAUGUAUGCGAUGAUGCCACUGUUUGGCGCUGGAAUCGGCGUCAGGCAGCCGCUCUUUAAAAUAGCACAAAAAAAAAAUACAAAAUAAAACAAACCACAACCAAAUCUCACGUGGCCAAAAUCGCAGCACAACAUGGAUUUCUCUGCGCCUAGUUCCUAGUUGUUAGUCAUUAGUCAUUUGCCUCAAUUAAAUCUAUUUUCAUAUAUUUUA